CGACAGGGCGGCACUAAGCAGGAGCUGACUAGUAAAUGGAGCAGACAGUUGCCAAAUACUCAAAUUAUUUAACUUGGAACUCUGGCCUGUUCGUUGUCCUCGUAAGACUCAAUAGCGAACAAGUCACGGCAAUUGCAGGUGGGUCAACGGUGACCAGCGGAUUUUCUGUUUUUCUUUUUUUCAAUUUCUAUCUAGCAGUAUUUUGCUAUCUGAGCGGUUGAUGAGCUGGCCAUUCCCGGGAUUCCUGUAUACAUCGCUUUGUUCACUAUUGUUCGGAGAUAACAGGAGGGUCAACGUAAGCCAAAGCAAAAGCUCGAAGCUUUUCGAAUGGAAAAGCGCCAGCCAGUCCAGCCAGGCCAAUUCGAUUCGGCGUUUUCUGGCGGCGCAAUGGCACAAGUCAGCACGGGGAUGUACGGAUGCAGGGAACUGCGCCGCAUGCAAAUGAGCCUUAUUGAGAUGCGGCUAUGGCACCAACAUAGACUUCGAUGGGGUCCAGCUUCACGCCGUCAGGGUUCAGGGGCGCCUCGAUAACACUAAACGUUCUUUACUGGUAGGAUUGGUCUCCACCGGGUGCUGCAUAACAUCUAGAAUGAUGCAAUGGGGAAGGGGUGGAUCGACGAAGCGAUGAUGAGAGCAGCACAGAAGGUUAGCACGCGUGUUCGAUGAUGACACCUUGGACGAUCGGUUAGGAGAGAAGCAAAGCUAAAAGAAAAGGGAAAUGUCGGCUAGACCCCAAAGCUUGUUGGUGUCAUUGAUCAACCCGUCCAUUUUCGGAGAGCAGGCGCUUGGGGUGGUCCUUAGCGCGGUGGAUGGCGGACUGAUGAGCUGCCAACACCGUUGUCAGCGUGCGAGAGGCUAGGAGAGUUUCUGAUGGACUAAAGACGAAAGCAACCAAAGCAUUGACUGGGCGAGGCGGCACGGGAGGAGAUGGCCUGAGCGGCGGCCGGAGACUUGCUGGAGCGACUUGCCGGGCUCCCACAGGCUGAACCAAACUCCCGGGUCUGCGCUGCCUUGAAAUUCGGGCUUCUCUGGCUGGUGGUUGCACACCGUCUUUCGCAUACGACUCGUACGAUGCGUUGCUAGUCAGGAAUCAAUUACUUGCCAGACCGUCCCGGCGAUCGUACGGCGGAUUCAGAUCAGCUGCCAGGAUGCCAACAGUCGUAGCCUGCGCCCAUUGUGG